UACGAUACUGCGCAUGCAUGAGACUACUACACCUUUAUAUUUACAUACUCCAAUUUUCAAUACGUGCAGAGUUUAGUCAGUGGUCAGUGGUAGAGUUCACUCUUAUCAAUGUGUACAGCUGCUUUGAUAAAAUAUAAUAAAUAAACUAUAGAAAGGCGAUUUAUCAGUCUACCUGCAUUAAUCAUGCAGACAUGGACAUCUUACAAUUACACUUGUAAUUCUGUUUACGUAUGUUCUUUUUUUAUCUACGAUAUCCUGUGUAAUAUAUCUGGAAAUAUACUUCACAAAUUGGAUGAUUCUGCAUUCAGUUUUUGAUAAUCCAACACAUUUCGAUUUAUAAUGUAUUUGACAGAAUAAUGAGAGAUUUUGUAUAGCCAUUUAAAAGACUUUUAGUUCUGUAAUAAGUUGCCGUUCCAGUGCAACAUAAUGAAUAAUCUUGCUGGACAAUUCCGUAAGACGACAUGGGAUCCAAUUCUUAUAAUUUCCCAGAUAAUUGCUGUGCAGACUGUUAUGUACUUCUGUCUUGGAUUCUGGAUUUGGAUUGUAGCGUCGAUACUAGGUUCAACAAAAUCGUUGGAUUAUGUCUUUCAGUACAAGGAGAUACAUGUUCGUGAUUUUGGAGGACAAUUAGUUAUUGUUACGUUUAUUCUAAAUGCACUAGUGGGUGCUUGUGCAUUAUGGUGGUUAGUGCAAAGAACAAAAUUGUGCAUGGACUUUGCAUGUACAGCCCAUUGUAUUCAUCUGAUUUGUUGCUGGGUGUACAAUGGAACUUAUCCAACAUCUUUCAGCUGGUGGUGUUUAAAUCUGGUGUCGUUAUUAAUAAUGUGUGUCUGUGGAGAAUUUCUUUGUAUGAGAACAGAACUGCAAGCAAUACCUUUAAGUAUGAACAGUCAAAAGACAGCCUUAUGAGAUUUAAACAUAUAUAAACAAUUUGUGAGAUAAAAGAUAAAGCAUAAAUAAAA